GACUGAGAGAAUUUGGGAAAUGUAAGGGAAUUUUCAGGUUUUCGCUUGGAAUACUAUUUGGAAUACUCUGGAUAUGUGAGAUGCUCGGGGAGUCCUGUUUUCAUCCAAACCUGCGCUUUUAAAACUCCCCCCCAUUUACUCUAGUUUCUGUUAAAGGAGAGCCAAGCCAGCCACAAUGCCUACAGAUGAUUAUAACUACCUGCCUGAUGCAUUGCCGCCACUUCCUGAAGUCCCGGACUCUGGCUCUGUCCUGAGCUCCGUUGACAUCCCGGCCCGCUGCCUCCGCAACCCGGCCUUCCGCCUCGCCUCCUUGCGCUACUGCUCCGCCCUCAGCAUGGACUCAUCUCCCGACAGCGCCGAAAGGCCAAUCAGCUACAGCUCCACCUCGUCAUCCGCCUCCUCCCGGGACAGUCACUGCUCGCUGGGCAGCCGCUCCACCCUUGUCCCUGCCCCUCACUGUAACCCAGUAACCUCAGACCAGGACUCUGGGGCGAUUCGGUUGGAACUGGUCCCGGCCCGGCACCUGGGAUGUGGGGAGGAAGACGACAGAAAUGACAGAGGGAUGGACACGGGGAGGGGGCAAGGUCGACAGAGCAGUGAACAGACUCCAACAGAACAUUCAGAGGCUGAGCUGAGUCCAGAAGGAGGUGAGCGGACGGGUCAUGGACCCAGGACAUAUGUGGACCGAGUGGUGCAGGAGAUACUGGACACAGAGAGAACAUAUGUCCAGGACCUGCGAAGCAUUGUAGAGGACUACUUUGAGUGUAUCAAUAACCAAUCUCGACUGGCCUUGAGCUCCGAGGAUAAAGGUUCUCUAUUCGGCAACAUCCAGGACAUCUACCACUUUAACAGGGACCUUCUUCAUGAGCUUGAGAAGUGUAACGCCGACCCCGUGGCCAUCGCAGAGUGCUUCGUAUCCAAGAGUGAAGAAUUCCACAUUUAUACCCAGUACUGCACGAACUAUCCACGGUCGGUGGCUGUGCUAACAGAGUGCAUGAGGAACAAGGCGUUGGCCAAGUUUUUCCGCGAGCGCCAGGAAUCUCUGAGGCACUCCUUGCCCCUGGGCUCCUACCUGCUCAAGCCAGUGCAGAGGAUCCUCAAGUACCACCUACUGCUACACGCACCAACUUGUAAGUGCACGGAGAGGGAGCACUAA